GCAUUUUUUCCCACUUUUGCACUUGAUGAAGCAUUUACAUGAAUGUAGGGCGUGGGAAGUGAAAAAUUUUGAUUUAGGUUGUUUAUAAAUGAUGUCCAUCAGUUUAGACACUCGUGUCUGUGGAGUGACUCCAUUGUUUUUUGUCCCAGCCGUUUGAUUGCGGUGACUAGAUGAAUAAUUGAUCAUGUUCUCUCCUCCCUCUGACUGUCUCUUACUAUCUCCUGGUCUCGGGGUGGAGGGUCUGCUGCUGCUGCCUCUGCCGCUGCUGCUGCUGCUGGGAUGGGAAACAGGAAGUGAACGUCACUGACACAGGAAUGGGACUGGAAAAAGAAAACACCGUGAUGAUGAAGAUGAUGAGGAGAACGUCUUACCCGCUCGUUUAGGACACAAACAUCGGCGUUUCCACGCAGAAAUAAAAGGAUGAAUCGUCGUGCUCGAGCUGGAAUUGAGGCAUCAGGAAGGUACGUGACGUUGCUCGCGGUGUUCUUUUUUUUAAAUUAACGGUCAUGGCGGUUGAACGUUAGCUUCAUCCGAGGCCAUCCAUCCAUCCAUCCCUCUGUCGCUGUCACAGUCUGGGAACUCACUGCGCUCCUUUUUCGUGUUUUUUACGCUCUCAAACAGGUGCCAGCUCGUUUCCCAAGCUAGCCCAGUUCAUUUUAGUGGUUAAUUUGACGCUUUUAAGCAGAUUUAGGCCCUGAGCAGCAGGCAAGAGAAGCUGCAUUAUCUGCCCGAACAUGGUGCCCUGUUAACUGCCGAGCGCCGUUCAUACUCUCACCAUGUAAUGCAGAUGUAACGUUAAUUUGUGAACGGCUAACUGCUGCAACAUGACCGGGUGAUUUUAUUACCAUGCUGGCUGUGUCAUGGAGGGAUCUCUACUCUGGGGUCUCCUGGUUCUAGUUCACACCGUGCCUUUAAUUUUACAGCCCUUUAGAGAAGGGGUUUCUAAGAUUUCUCAGCCCAACUUACAACAAAUACUGCAGGGUGUAACUUAUCGAAGGCUUGGGAAGUUUUUCUUGGUGGUACAUUUAUUUUUUCUGUGUAUUUUAAAGGUGAUAUCGAGGUUUUUCCGUGUGAAGUUAGAACACAGGUGUAUAACAUCCAUUUUAGAGGGGUUUUACCUUUUAAAUGUUGAUAGUGGUUGACCGAUAAGUUUCUGAACGUCAUGUCAAUACCGAUAAUGGAAGGGCAGGUUGGCCAAAAACAGAUAAUGCCAAUAUCUACUUUCCUUUUCUUUUUUCUUUGAUGCAUUUGAAAAUAUACAACAAUUGAGAUAAAAACUACCAAAGUUGCUGAACAUAAACACAGAUAAAGACCCACAUUUUGGGUCAACUGAAAGUUAGGUUGAAACUCUAUUUCCAAUAUGUCUACCGCCACUGCUAGGCUGACUGAUGCCACCAAGAUAACCAUGUAUUAUGCUGCGUUUGAGUUACCUCAAAAGUCAGAUGUCGGAGCUGAAAUUGACAUCACACCCGAGUUCCCAGCGUUUCAGUUACCAAGUCGGAAUAAAGUAAAAUCGGAGGCCAGAAACAAGAUGGCUACAUCUACAAAAGUUUAGCGCUUGCCUUAUAUUCGGACAAGGCAAGCAAAAAAAAUAACUAAUUUGGAAAAAAUAACUUUCGUAGAUGUAGUCAUUUUGUUUCUGCCUCCAAUUUUGCUUUUUUCCGACUUGGUAACUGAAACGCUGGUAACUCGGGUGUUCAGCUCGGACUUCUGACUUUCGAGGUAACUCAAACGUAGCAUUAUAGCUUUUAGUUCCAUAUGGAUAUUAGACACAAGAAAUUUAAUGGUAUUGCAUGGGUCAGGAUGACAGUAUGUUGCUGAAUACAUUUUUUGCCCCACCCCUUGACAAGUAUAUUAAAUAGGUUAAUGAUUUAGUUGCUUAAUGGACUCAAAAAUGAUAUUAAAAAAGUCUGUUUUUAAGCUAAUUUAGCUCUAAUUUAAAUUUUUUAGUCUAUACUGUCCAAAGAAAACACAACCAAGAGCUUGAGGUAAUUUUUUUAUAAAUUGGACCAUCUGUUGAAGAAUUAGUCCAAAACCUCAAGGAUGCAGAUACUACCUAGCAUCUACAUUAACAUCUGCAUGAAUUUCACUGACAGAUCAGCCUAUCUAAAGAUUAGCGAGCUAGCAGUAACUUCAGCUAUAGGAUUUCUUUUGCCUAUGUUAGCAGUAACGAAACUUGAUUUUACAUUGAACUAUGGCCCAAGAUUAUUCAGAUUUUGUUUUUUUCCCCAUACUGAUCAGUCCGAAACCAUGACCAGACAACAACUGGUCCAAUUCCAUAUUUUUGAACACAAUUUCCAACCUGAUAGCAACAACAUUUUGCUAGAAUUUGAACUUCUCUUUCUGAACAGAUGUCAAAGAUAAUGACUGCCAUGUGAACAUAGUGAACAGCUUUCCACUUGUUGGACAAGUUAUUCCAGUUGUGGCAGACCAAAUGUUUCUGACUUUUCAAGAAUCGUUCAAGUUUAGUAUAAACUGAAGUUAAUGUUUCCCUAUGGUUACAUUCUUCAUUUUUGUUCCCGCUCAGUUUAGUCGUUAAUCAGUGAUAGAUGAUAAACCAGCUGUCCUCUGUGGCAUUACUGAAAAACUUUAGCCAUUUGUCUCUUUCUGCAGGCGUCUCGGGUCAAAGUAAAAGCUGUACUGAGACCCCCCAAAUGAGAUUUUGUUGGUUUACUCAGAGCUCCUGAUUGUGUUAUGUCUGGCUGAAGUGUCUGCAUCUAUUCUGAUUAGCCUGAAGUGUCUUGAAGUGUUUGUGUUUACCUUCCUCCUGUUAAAUUGGGUUUUAAAGUGAGAAUAGUUUUAUUUAUGUUACGAAAGUAGUGUCUUUUUUGCCUUUCACGUCCUUAAAGCUAAUGUGGGGAGGUUUUUGGCACACAUGAAAUAGACUGAAAUUCAUAUAGGUGCGUUUUUUUAACAUCCAAAACCAAACAAAGCCAUUAGGGACAAGAUUGAUAAUUUGUUUAUCAUCAUGUUUAAUGCCUGAAACUGGUGCGAGGGGGUAGGUGUCAGCCUAGCAGUUAAAGAAAACCCCCUGUUUUUAUAACCUUUGCAUAAAAAACACUAUUAAUGGUAAAUUUGUCUGUUAAAAGAAAGGAUUGUAUGUGUAAAGAUUAUUUUUCAGCAUUUAUGGGUCAAGACAAGCAAUGACUGCUUUGUCCACAGGGGGCACUCAAGUGGCACAAACCAAAACUUCCUCAGUGGAGCUUUAACUGCUCAGCGUUUGAACUUUGACUGGAGAUUUUCCUACUUGAGUACCAUUUUUGGUCUCUGGUACAGCCAAACCAGUUGGUUUCCAAGUAUCUGCCAGUUUGAGGUUAAUCAUCUUGUAAUGAUAAUGACAGUGCGGCUCUAGCAGGGGAGGUACAAGCAAGUUGUCAGCAUUUGGUGGUUGUUGUGUUAAUAUUGGAGGGAUAGUGGCAGAUACUCAUCACAAGGUACAAGUGUUGUUGUGUGACUCAGUGUGAUUUCUCAUUAAAGUGAUAAAUCUCUUACUAAACUAGCAGGGAGGCGUUGUCUCAGAAUCUUGAAGAUCUUGUUUUGACUUUCACCACCAAAUGGAUCUUUUUACUCGUCUGUAAGAUUUCAACCAGACUCCAUUUUUAAUUCUAGGGUGCAUCCACUGCUGUCUCCCUGGGAAAAUAAUACUCCCAGACUGGCGUGGGCUGAAGGAAAUUGAUAUCUGACAAAGCCUCAUUGACAGCACUCACACUCACACAAGUAACUCUUGAAUGACUUUUUUUUCCCCCCGUUUUAGGGCAUCUAUUAUUCAUCUUUCACGGUUCAGUUUGUGAAAACAGCUUCUUCUGUUUUCACUGAUGUUAAUAUUUUUCUUCAGCAGUAUCUCCCCUCGAGACAGCCGCCUGCUCCCAGCAUGACUGAUAAUAUUGUACAUCACUAAGAUUCCAGACCUUUUAAAACUAAUGCAAGCAAACUACACACAAGUUUUUAUUCAGCAUGCAAUAAUUUCACUACUCCCGUAAGUUUGUGGUGUAGUGAAUAAUCAUAAAGACAAGGUUGCAUGAAAAUGACAUUAAUAUUCUCAAUUUUUGAUCAUAGCGAGUCAAAAAACAAAACAUUUUCACAAUAAUAACAAUAAUAUACCAAGACAAUGAAACUAAUGUGCAUCAAAACCUAACGUGUAGUUGAGGUCAGCACUUUGGCGUCAGAUUUCAUCAAAUCUGUUAAAAUUUAAGAUUAAUUUAUUUUAUAUUUUUUUAAUUGUUAAAACACUUUAAAGAGUCCGUAGUUUCUCAGUCACAAACCCCACCCUAACUGCCACUUCUGGCGCUGAUACCACAAAUUAUCAGCUCUAGUUUCUAGUUAACUCACUGACUACAAGAAAUAAAAUUGUUGGAACAAUAAUGCUGCCAUUAAAUUUACAACUUUCUGGAGAAUAAGCAAGUUUGAUUGAGGAACUUCUGAGUUUUCCCUUAAAAUCUUCCAGUACAAAUAUUUCCUCAAGACAACCCUCUAAAAUAUUCACCAUUCGAUUCUAUUUACUUUUUUUUUGUCAUGAAUCAAAUAUUGGCAACAAUUAAAGCUCCUGUAAGGAACUGUUGAUUUGUACUGAUUUUGGCGCCCCCUGUGGUGGAAAAGCUUAACUCGAUCACUUUUCUGAUUUUGUCUCAAAUAACACGUCUUCAGUCUUAUGGUCUCUUAUGUGUUUGUAGGUCAUAAAGAAGCAUCAAUAUAGAUUUCAGUCUGAUUGAAAACUCCUUACAGUAGCUUUAACCCUCGCCUGUUAUUUGAUGUAAAGCUCCUUUAAGGAACUUUUUGUCUGUGUUGUUGUUCAGAUACAUGACUCUGCAUAAGAUUACCUCAGAUCUUUAGGUUGUAUUUCCUCUCUCAGAAUGACUCAAGUAUUCCUGGUAAAGUCGGUGUAUUUUAUAUUAGCCUGUCUCCAUGUUGCUACCUACUGUAAUCUCUGUUUGUGGACGUUUGGCUCCAUAUCCAUCAAUAUAUUGACCACCUGCCGGCUGCCUGUUUGAAGGAUGUGUGCGAACUUAUUGCUUCUAUCUUCGAAGGAGGUGUGAAUCAGUCUGUUAUAUGGAGGCCAAAACGCUGAGUCAUAUCCAAGCAACGGUCGCCUGGGCAACACCUCCAUAGUGACCAGGCAGAGGAAGAUAAGACAGCAGUUGUGUAACAUCAGCAGACCCCGCAAGGUUUUGUUGUUUUUCGAUUGAUCAUUUUGCCAUUAUUCACUCCUUUACUAUGAAGACGAGAAUCUGGAGCUGCGAGUCUUUAAAAAUCAACUCUGUCUCAAUUUAAUUAACAUUUUCAAGAAGGAGGGAGAGCAUUAAAAAGUUCAGCUUCAAAACAGUCUUGAACAAUAAUAAAGCAGCUCAUGUUUUACUCCAACUGUUAUUAGUCAUGCUUAGAAAUAUCGCAACAAUCAAAACUGAGAAAGAGAAUUGUGAGGAUUUAGUUAACGACAAUUACCUGAUUAAUUCAGCAUGUCGGUCUAAUUAAACACCAGGUUUCCUUUGAUUAAUGAUCGCAAACAGAGCGAAAAAACGGCCUCAAGGCUCCGAUCAAGAAAGUCAACUCUGAUUCUGGAACAGACCAUCUUUGACACAUGACAAAAUAAUCUCAUGAAACUAUCAGGAAAAAGGAUCUUCAGAGCUUGUGUUUGCAUGGUAUGAUGUCUUGUUCACUCAGGAUACUAACUGAUUUUCACAGGAUAACUCUUUGAUAGUGGAGGGUAACUUUUUCUUUUUUUUUAAAUCAUGAUAGCUUGUUAAAAAAAGAACGGCUAUAACCCACAGUAUCUGGAAUGGCUGCGCUCCGAUCCGGCACAGGAGGUGUAUCAAAUACACAAGCAUUAUUAUCGAUGUGUGCGUAAUUCCACUCUAUCUGUCCGCCGUCUGGCUAGUGGUGACUGAGACAUUACGGAGACCAGAGAGGACCAAGACCGAGACAAGACUGAGUGAAAAUGCCUUUGAUUCCGAGACGACACCAAGACCCUCAAAAAAUGGUCUCAAGACCAAGACCGAUCUCAAGUACUACAACACUACGUCCGGCUCCACUGCGGAUCAGCUCCGGUGGCCGGAUCAGAUACGCAAGACUUCUAUUUUUGCCGGACACAACAGCAUGGCGCAUCAAUUCAGUGCAGCAUAGCAGCGGCAGAAGUUGUAUGUGGCUACAGAAUAAAAAUUCCGGUAAAUUUUAAAAAUAAAAUAGUCAAUACGUUGAACUGUUGUUAACUUGAUAAUGGGAGAGGCCAGGGUUGUCGGAUGUGGGUGUUUAUAUACACCACUGUUUAGGUACACCAAUCGGCGGGUCUCAUUCAGUGUCUCAUGGGGAAAUGCGCAAGAUCUCGCCUAUUCUUGCGAGAAAUAUCGGUUGUCUCGCGAGUGCUUUUCCUCCGAUGGUGGCGGCAGAUAGGAUCUGAUGGGUGCUGUAUGCUUGCGUAUUUGAUCCACCUGCCAGUCCGGAGCGGAGUGGAGCUGUUCCAGAUCCAGUGGAAUCCCGGUUUAUUUGCACAGGAUAACAACGUGAUCACACAAGAUAAAAGUAACUUUUUACUUAGCACUCAGGUGAACAAUCUGACCAAAUUAGUUCUCAACCAAAAAGUUCUUCCAAUUCUAUUUCCAGUCAGCUCUCCUGAUGUAUUUGAAUCUGUACUAAAAAAAAGGUAGGAGGAAAGUCUAGCAUAACUAAGAAGACUAGUUUUUAUACUGCAGACAUGGUUUUUUCGUGUUAUUUCGGGCAGAACCAUGGCAGAUCUGCAGCCUGAAAUUUCAGAGUCAAAGAGAGAAAGGGGCCGCUAUCAUCACAUGAGCUUUAAUUUGACAUUUACUCUGCAAACAAGCUGAAUUGGAUUUCCUGUCCACUCUGAUUCGAUAGCGCUCAAAGGGAAGUCCAGUCUCCUGCUGAAUCAGGAGUGAUGUUGGCGAAGGGAAAGUUUCUCUUUCUUCUUCGCCUCACAUUAAACAGUUUGUACCGCAGAGGAUCAGAGGUCUUUAGUUUCACUGUUAGUGUUUGCAGAAGACUUUUGUUCACGUUAGCUUGUGCUGUGGAGUGGUUUUACUAUCAUAACAAAUUGUCUACAGUUAUUAGUGAGGGGUGAGCGGACUUCACUGCGACACAAAUACACAUUUGAAGAAAAAGGGGCAAAAGCGGUACAAGACUAAUCGGAGUUACCAAUAAAUACAACAAACAAGCUCUUUGUGUCCGAGAAUGAACAGAAGUUUUUGUUUCUGCUAGAAUGUCCCAAAUAACAAACAUCUUGGUAAUAAAAUAAAGAAAUGAACAGUUAAUGGAAGUCCUGGUUUGUUUAAAGGGAUAUUCCAGUGUAAAAUUAAUUUAAGGUCAAACACACCGUAACACAGAGUUAGACACCCCCUCGAGAGAUGGAGGUUGCCAACUUUAGUAACGACCGCACGAUAGCAAUACACAGCGGUCUGAGGAGCCAUAAACAAACCUCAACCAAAACGCCACUCUAUAGCCACAAAUAAUGCUCAGAACAACACCUAACUUUAUCAACAGUACAUAUGACAGCUUACAGAUGACAGCUUACAUUUUAAACUUUUACAUUUUUACAUCCUGAUUGUCUUGUUUGAUUUUGGAUAACAUGAAAAGGCAUCAAUACAAAUUUUAUUGAAUUUCAUAAACAUCCAAAAACUCCUCACAGUAGCUUUAAAAUGUAACUUACCGUCUCCCUGUUUUUAUAUUCUAUCUCUAUAAACUCUGUGCAAAUAGAGAAUCAAAAAGUUUAUUUGUGUUGCAAUGCACCUUUAACAUGUCAGAGACUGGCGCACUUGAUUAAUCAAGCAGACUCCAUCUUUUCUUUCUUGUCAUCCUUUUCAUUCCUGCUUUUUUGUGAAAGUCACCUCAGUCCUCGACACACUUCAGGAGAGAAAAAUCAAGACAAAUAAAUGAAGAUGGAGGAAAUGGAAACCGUUCAGGUCGAUAUGGAGGUCACUCAAAAAUCUAUUAGACUGAGUCCCUUUUUCACAGAGAUAUGGAGGGAUAUGGAGCCGGCCGUCAGAGUGUGAAGGAUUAGUGCAGAUCAGUCAGGCUACAGCAGCGGGGCACAUUAGAGGUCUAUCUUCCUCCUGAACUCUCCUCCUCCUCCUCCUCUCCUUUUCACUAACACUCCCUGACUCAUCAUGUCUCAGGGUGGAUACUUCUAUAAAUAUCUGCAGGUUAAUCUUUAAUUUUCUGGAGUCAUUGUGCGAGCAUUUCAGGCCACGUCUCACGUCUGAGACACGUUUGUGGAUCCGAAUCCUGGUGCAGUUCUGAUAGUGUCCACAUGGGGGCGAGGUUUGAGCAAAGGUGAGGCCUGGUCUGGGCAGCAGUGUUAUGACUAUGGCAAUAAUCCUGUCAUUGUAGGUAGGAUGCCCGUGUGUCCUUUUAAUCCCUCAGUCUAUAAAUACGACAUGGUUCUUCUGACAGCAGGACGACAACAUCACCGCAAAAACAUCCGCAAAUUUGAUGAAUAUUUUAGAUGAACCAAAAAAUCCAAGAAGCUCAACUCUAAAUAGUUACAGUGUCAGCAAAUUUUCAGGAGUUUAAAAUUUCCUGAAAACAUAAUAAAAGUGUUGGAAAGAAAAUAAAUCAGACUUUAAUUAAUUUCACUCAUAUUUUACAGAAUCAACCUACAUUACGAAGGUAGAGCCUCUCUUCAUUGGAUGUACGUCUAAAUCCAGAGUAUUUUUGAUGUUGAGUACAUAACUCUAAUGUGGUUUUCUUUUUUCUUUCCCUGGCUGAUGUAAAAUUAUCCCAAAAUCAAGUUUUUUCAACAAGACAAUCCAAGAGCAGGUUUUUUUAUUCUGUCUGAUGCAGAAUUGCUGCCCAAAGCUUCUUUACCUCUUGCUAGAUUGAACAAAACUGAUUGUGAGUCGACAUCUCCUUUUUGUUAAGUUUUGCUUUUGGUCAUUUUUGUCUUUAUUUGAGCGUACAAUUCAAGAGAGGCAGGAAAGAAGAGACUAAACUGCUCAACCACUGGUGUCAAUAUGUUCAACAUUACAUGAGGCCAAACCCUAAAGUACAUGAGAUAGUCCUUUAUCUAUCUGAUAAUAUCGGUCUAAAAUAUCGGCUGCAGAUAUAUCUGUCGAGCCAUACUUAGCGUAAUAAAUCAUGAAUAAAACUUAUUCCAAGAUGUGCUUCUGUUUUGUCAUUUUGCCAUUUUUCUUUGGUUAUAAUAAUUUUUUUCUCCCAAAACUCUCGCACAAAGAAGAGUGUCCGACUGGAUUCAUAAUUACAACAAGAAAAAACAAGAAUAAAGAAAUUGUUUGGUGGUAAUUCGGUGUGUUGAAUAUAGUAGAAUUUUUUUUUUUCAUCUUCUUUGGCUCCUUUGAUUUUGUUUUUUGCAGUGUGUGCUGAACUUUUAGCUGUUUUUCAAAGCAACAGUGGUAACUAGGGGUCGACCGAUAUCAGUUUUCCAAUGGCCGAUGCUGAUACCAACAAUUCUGUCAAUCAGCCUGAUUUGUCGGCCGACUGUUGAAUCGGUCGGUCUCUUGUGGUGAUUGGUUGAUUCGUGUCCCGUUGCCUUUUCAGGGUGGAAAAUAAAGUUAUAAGGUCAAUCCCUUAGUCAUGGCUCACUCUUAUGUGUCGUCUGUCUUCGCUGUUUAACUCCGAAUCUGUUUGCACACUAACACCCCCUCUACUCAUCUUCUUUACCUGUCAGACUCACUCCACCUGGUAGACUCUUUAAUCUAGCCUCCUCACAAACACGGUGUGUAUAUCUCCACCACCCCUCCCUUCUUUCCUCUUUCCUUCCCUCCCUCCCUUCCCCUCCACCCAUAUCAUCCAGGGCACUGGCGUGUUGCUAAAUGGAGUCGGAGCAGCUGUACCACAGAGGCUACUGCAGGAACAGCUACAACAGCAUCGCCAGCGCCAGCAGCGACGAGGAGCUGCUGGAUGGAGCUGGCGUCAUCAUGGACUUCCACACCACCGAGGACGACAACCUGCUUGAUGGGGACGCUGCCUCCCCAGGUAGGGGGACAACACCUCCAGUCCAGAUCCCUCCCCCCCUUGAGCUGUCUCAGUGGUCCUGUUGAUGAGUUACCAACCCUCACUCUCCAAUCCUUGAACUCUCAGUGAGGUUCCCAUCCAGCCAAAGUCUUUCCUCUGCUGUGUCUCCAAGUCCAAGACCUGAUAUAGCCACACUCUGCAGUUGUUGCUGUGUUUGUGGUUGUGGGUCGCCCUGCUGCUGAUGUCAAGACGCAUCAGAUUUGUGUUGCUGUCCUGUGACGCAGUCGCUCUGCCAUCUACCCCAUCAGUUCCACCCAAACUCAUGGAGACGCUCCAUUUGUUGACCUGUCACCUCCUCCUCACUCCUGCUGUUUUAACCCUGCUCCCUCUUUGUCUGUCCCGUCACCGCCUCACAAAUGGUUAUAAAAUUAUGACUCUAAAGUGUGGCAACAUGAAACUGAAGCUGAAGUUAGGGAUGAAGACGAAAACAAACAGGAUCCGUAUUGAGCGCGUUCUGUAUUCGCAUACAGGAAGCGUAGCAGCAGCAUAGUGCAGCCUCGGUCAUCUGGGCUCAGUAUAGACGAAACAACAUGCUCACAACAGGUUGUUUUGCCUUUCUGUAGUCUAUUUACUGAUAAUUUGGAUAUAAUUCAGUGACCGUUGAGCCUCUACUAUAUGUGAAAAAGUUUAGUUUUUUGCAGGUUUAAGGUCCUUACACACCGGAAACGACGCAAAUAUACAGCGUGAAAUUAUGAAAUAUUCAGAGGCGAAUUUUGACGCGCCUGACUAUACACAUCAAGCGCGAUGCGAUUUUGCGACUUUCUGGGGGGCAAAAAAAAGACGCGUCCUGGGUGGAAGCGAGAAGACAAAAAUGGAGUCUACUUCAACUUCAAAUGAUGGCGAAUUGGUACUCCUUUUAAAAAUAAUAAGAGCUAUCAUAUGCCACAGUUACUAAAAACAGAAAACACAACAGCAGACUGACUGUUUUUCAGUUCUGAUUAGACACUAGUGUUGAGAUGGCUGUCUCCCACUGCGCAAUGCAUCGUCGAAAUGACAUCUAUCUAACAUAUUUUUUCGAAGAUGAGAUACAAAUGUAGAUGUCAUUUCAACGUCUAAUUGAGGUCCAAUAAUGACGUCUAUACCUUGGAUCCGUUUUGCACGUUGUGCCGACGUCUAGAUUCCGUCUUCAGAUGAUGUCCAGAUCUAAAACUCAGAGUGACGUCUAAAAAAGGUCCAAUUGGGGCGUUGAAAUUUCUAACCUAUUUUGCACGUCGCACUGACAUCUAGAUGUAGUCUUUGAUGGACCGACCUAAUACUGACUUGAUCUGCACGUCUCUUUGACGUCCGAUGUUUGGUGGAUGGGGAAACGACGCUGAUGUGAAUGCUUGUAUUGACAGGAUACGGGUUUAUAAAAAAUACUGACGUCCUAAAUAAUCGCACGAAAAAAACGGUCCUGGUGUGAAAGGACCUUUUGAGGUAAAACACAGUUUCAUUGGGCAUCAAAUCAGGUCAAAGUACCUGCGGUGUCUCUGAUUGGCUCAAAAGGACUCCAGCUGCUGAAUAUAAAGGAAUAUUCAGUCUUUAGUGAAAUAUAAGCUGUUUGCUUCUCUUUAGAGUCUUAGUUAAACAUUAACUGCUGAGUUAUUUAUAACCAUUUGUUCAGCUUCUUAAGGUGGAAGGUUGUGUUUUAUUGGAGGAGUUUGUCUUCCUGCUUUCCUCGUUGUUAUGACUGUUUUCUUUUUUACUCGAAAUCAGCAUGUGUUCAUAGAUUCUCCCGCUCCUGUAUCCUGUUUGUGUUCUCUCGACUCUUAUAAUGUUUCUGUUUCCUGCACUUGGUGUUGUGCCCUCAGUUUUAUGUGUGUUCUGGCCUUGCUUGUGGACACUCCUCUGUCUUAGAUCUGGGCUCUCAUUGGUUGGUUUUCCCUGUCAGGUAGCAGUAAAGAGGUAAGGUGGUAGUAAUGAGUCAGCCACAGAGCUGCCUUUGUUCUUCAUGUGUUCAUAAACGCGUCAUCAGCUGGCUAAAUAUAGGGGAGCUGAGGUGGGUGUGGUGUCAAGGUGAGACACUGUGAUUAAAGCUUAUUAUAUUCGUGUAAUGAUCAGCUGUGAUCAUUGCAUCAUUUACAGGAAGACUGCCAGAAAUCAUAACCGCAGCAUUUCACUACCAAUCAUACCAGCGCGCUCAUGAAUUACUCCUUCAUUCAUUCAUCUUUUUCUCGGACACUCUGACUCGUAUAUCUGGAGUCUGAUCAUCUUGUCUCCUUCUCUGAGUCGAUGCAAUGAUGAAUCUCCUUCUUGCUUUGCAGCUGAUCAAACAGAAAACAGAGGUAGGGGGUGACGUCGGAGGGUUCAGAUAAGCUCCGAACAAAAGCAAACAAGUGUUUUUAUGACCCCAUGAUCUGUUUAUACUCUGUUUGCUGAGUGCUGAAGUGAAUUCCUGCCCAUUUGAAUUGGAUAAUUUGGAUUAAUAGGCUUUUUUUGAGUUCUAUCCCAGACUCAGAUACACAGUUUUUAGAAGAUGGUGCGCAAACAGACAAGUAUCUACUUUAUUUGUUACAGCAACAGUACUAUUUCCUAAAUUGAAUGACCUGUUGUUCUCAGUUGUACGAUUCAAACAUGUAGUACAGCGUAGCAGUGAUGAAACAACUCCGGAGUCCAGACUUAUUUAUUAUUGAACAGGAGACUGUGGGUGAGCAGCCCAUUCAGUGCGACACACAUAAAUGACUUCACUGUACGGGACAUCAUGUGCAGUCAGUGCAGCAGAAGGUACAAACAAGGUGAUUGAAUAGUACAGGGUCAAAAAUGAGCUAAUCUAACCUGAGUAAAGAUAAACACUGUUUUCACCUUUUUCUGCUGUAUUUAAAACUAGCGUAGCUCCAAGUUAACGUUGACAUGAUCUUACUAGUAUUUGUUUUUUAAAGGUUCGGCAUUGCACUUUGCAUGUAAGCAUCAUACAGCCAGUGAAAGCUUAGAAACAUUUCGUAUAGUAUGAAAAAACAAAUCAGACAUUUUAGCAACUAGGGGUUGGGUAUCGUUUGAUUUUGAACAAUUCGGGGUUCUGGUUCCAAUUCCUCGUUUCUAUUCCGAUUCCUAACGAUUCUCUAUUCCGAUUCUUUUAAAAGGCAGGGAUGUUUAAAAGAAUGCAUGAUUUAAAUGAGCAUGCUAACCGGAGUUCUGCUUUUUAGUUGAAAUUUCUGAACUUCUCAAUGAAUUUUUAAAUUAUAUUAACUUUUUAAGAACUUUACCAUGAAUUUCUCACAGGGCUAUUUUCAACCAGUAUAUAAAUCUUCUAUCUUUAUUGAGAGGGCACCCCCUGUGGACAGUCAUGUAUAUAACAGGCAAUAACAGGUGUGAAACAGAAAUAAAAGAAUAAUCAACCGUUUUAGAUUAAAUAAUCUGAGGACUGGUCUGUAAUUUGGUGAGUUACUGCUCACCGAAUUUUAUCGUUGUUGACUCUUUUAUCUAGUUUCUUAAGUAUAACAAUAAUAACAAAUCAAUAAUCUUUUAUAACCUCUAGGCUUAUCUUGUUUGCUUUGUGCACCAUCUUGUAAAACAGUACUCUACACGCCUCAGCUCCACCUACACGUCCUGUCAGUCUUAAUUGUUGUGUGUCACCCAGACUCGCUCUGACAUUCCCAUGAACCAGUUUGGCUGGCAGCCGGCGUGAGCACGCAUUUCAGGAAAUCUCUGAGUGAAUGUUCUUUCAAGUUUGUGUGGUGCCUUUCUCGGCCUCCCUUGUGCUAUUUUUACAUUGAAGUGAGGGGUGGUGGGUUUAAGGAAAGUGUGUGAAGCCCUCCUCUGAGCUGUGACUGCAGCGUGAGCCAGGGGCCGAGUCACUCUCAAACCUCGUGGAUAUUUUUGCUGAACUUCUUGUUUGCUGACUUUGUUUUGACCGGAUGAAUGGAGCAGUACUUUGGAAAUAUGGGCCUUUGAACUGAAAGGAGUUACUCUGUUUUCUUUUAACUCGAAUUCAGAGGAGUGGAGAUACUUUUCUUGCUGCUUUGUCGUCCCCAUUGGGACUUAACAGAAGAGUAACAAACUAUGGCUGACACUGCCUGUGAAAUUGCCUAGCAACAGUAGCCCUACCAAAAGGUAAGGAAAGACACAGUAUGACCAAUGUUUACAUUUAAGCAUAUAAAACGUCAGGGUCUCACUGUCUGAGCCUGACGGAUAUGACUAUGGCUGUUUUGUUUGAAGUAAUAACAGGAUUACAUCAAGUUUGCUAAACACCUUCUCACAGUGUUUUCUGAGAGGGUGCAAUCUCUUAGAAGUGCUGGACCUUGGGUUUCUAUCAUACUCUUGAAGUGUCUUUAUAAUAAUCUGAUCAAGUCUUAACUUUAUGUUGAAAAAGUCGCCAUUAUUGUGACCAGAAAAGAAUAUAUUUUACUAUUUUAUUUGGAUUUAGGAAUACUGUCUCAGUUACUCACAGCUAACACUACACACCAGCUUUUUGUUAAUGUGGCUGUUUGAUGUUGUCACAUGAUAUGAAUGGAAAGGCUAAAAUUAUCUGCAUAUUAGGGGAGAGUGGGGUAAGAUGAGCCAUUUUUCACAUUCCAGAUCACUACAUCAAGGCAAUCAUAGUUUUAUCUCUAUUUCAAGAUGUUGUGCAUCCCUGCAAACCAACAGAAUGAGUGUAAACAUAACUGUCUUGAUAAUAUAGCAUGCCAAAAAAAAGUGGUCUCUAUGGUCAACUUACCCCGUGUAUGGGGUAAGUUGACCAUAGGACCGGGGUAAGUUGAGCCAUGUCCCUACUAUGGCCCACCACUCUCCACCCCAGCCCUUGAGAAUGCCUUUAAGUGAUUUAGAACAUUCACAGCUGUAUUUUUGAAAAGAAAAAGUAACACAAUUCAACAAUCUGAACUGAAACUCUGAUCCUCUCAUCAGACUCGAAAAAAUAUUCACGUUUGAAAUAAUCGCACCACAAAAACAGUCCCGGUGUGAAAGGACCUUUACCCCUUCACCCAUGCACUUCUAACCUUCACAGACUCCAUGAAUUAUUGCCCAUCUCCUUAAUAUUUGGUCAUAUUAUCAAUUUCUUUUACCAUUUCCAAGCAGCAUGGGGUUGCUCAACUUACCCUUUGAUUCAACUUACCCCACACACCCCUAUAUAUUGAAUGCGUACGUUGUGAAGUGUAAAUAUAAACGUGUUUUAGCAGUGUGUUUGCUGACAUUAGCUGACGUUAGAGAGGGGGAAGUUGACAAACGCAUAUUGACAGACCUAUCAAGUGUCAUAUUUUGCCAGUUUACUCAUUAUCUUAUCAUUUCUGCUCCAUUAUCGUCGUCUUUCAGUUGAAAAUACUCCAUUUUAACCGCCGUCAACUCCCCCCGCACGCGCUCAGAAUGGAAUAUUCUAUGCCCCAACGCUCACGCGCACCCCUGUGACCUGGCGCCAUGGUCGCUCCCGUGCAGGCAGGGCUCGCUGAUCUCCCUUAGCAACCAAACGGCUAACCGGCCUCGCGCGAUCAUCUUUCUCCUUAUGUGUGUGUGUGUGUGUGUGUGUGUGUGUGUGCGCGCGCUUGUGUGUGUGUGUGUGUGUGUGUGUGUGUGUGUGUGGUGACAUCACCAGCUCCAGGAGUCAGCUGCUGCAGUGGUGAGAGAGAGAGAGAGAGAGAGAGAGAGAGCGCGAGAGAGACGCACACACGCGCUUGUCUUCAUUUUGGUAAACAUGGCAGCGGCGGCGGCAGCAACGGACACACACGUAGCGAGCAGUGCGUAAUGUUAACGUUAGCCUAGCGUAGCUUCGCUCCGUCUCAACUGUCAACAUGGAGGAGGAGGACGCCGCGGCCGACCCCUACUUGCCCUACGACGGGGGAGGGGACACCAUUCCCCUACAGGAGAUCCCGAAAAGAGGUACACCACGUCCCCGCUCCUUCUUUACUCCUUUAUUUUUCUUCUCACGCUGCUGUGAUGAUACAGGCCGCCUUCCUCCCGUUCCUCUCCACCCUCCUCCUCCUCCUCCUCUCGUGCAUGCAAACAUAUGGCAGGAUGACACGGUGCAGUUGGAGGAAAAGCGCUGCCUCAUCUACUGCUGUCAUAUCCCCCCUUUCAAUCUACGCUACAGGCUGAUAAUGCUCAUGACGGUGCUGAAAUGUCUAGGAAAUACGGCCCGCAUAUUUCCACAUCCACCUGUCACCCACUGUGGAUGAUUAACCAGCAAGUGUGUGUGUAUUAGCCUGCCAAAGAUAAGGAGAUAAAACAGAAAGCUGAUUUAAAGUCCAGGCUUCUGCAGAGACAACAUCACGGGCAUCCAUUUUAAAUACACCCACAGACACUCUCAUGCUUAAUCUUCCACACAUGUGAGCUGGAAAUUUCAUGGAUGCAGGCUGCAUGUUGUGAGGACACCUGUUGGCCAUAUUUAGGACGUCACAUCACAUCUGUCAAAACCGGCUCGGGGUGGAAUCGCACCAAAAUAUCACUUGUUAACUAGGGCUGGGCGAUAAAACGAUAACGAUAUAUGGAAAAUUAAUUCCCCUCAAUAUCAAUAUAAAACAUGGUUAAUAUGCUUUUGGUAGACUGUACGAAUAGCCAAUGAAAAAGGGAGUUGCUCCGGGUACGCUUUGCGCUGAACCAAUCAUGUGGUGAAUUAGAACCAAGUUGCAAACGACUGCAUAGUAGCAGGCUGCAGCUAUAGCAACCACAGCUCUUAACACGUGGGUCCGACAGCACCAGUGUUGUUUUCGUUCCACGACGAAGAUUUUGAUGUUGACGAGCUAAACGUAAGUCUUAGAUGACUAAAAUGUGAUGAGACGAAUGUGCAUUUGCGUUGACAAGACGAAAACGUUAGUGGUGGACAACGAACAGAGUUGCAAAAUUCAUGAGCGUUUCGUCAGUCAAACGCUAAACAUAUAUUUUGCUGUGUUGUUUUCGUUGAUUUCGAUGACGUUGACGAACGUCAUCAUCAAAGACCUCACAGAUGCAGUAGCUUAUUGUAUUGCAAAAGAUAUACUACCAAGAAGCACUGUUCAAUUUCAUUUUUUAUAUCGUGAUAUAUAUCGAUAUCAACUGAUUUGGAAAAAAUAUAUCGUGAUUUAUUUUUUUCCACAUCGCCCAGCCCUAUUUUUAACCUAUUAGUACAUUGUAUUCUUGAUUUUCCGUCCUGUGCGGCCUUCAGGGAGUUCAGUGGAGUGUAUGUGCGUGAGUGAGUUCCUCCAGGCCUUGUUAGAUUUUCACAGUGAGCGAGCAGACACAAAAAGCCCCUGGUGAGAUCUGGACCGAUUUGAAGCUGCUUGCAUCCAAACUUUUACCUUCUUCCUUCUCGCACAGACUGUUUCACAGUUUUCCUCCCAGUCCACCUUUACAAACGUGUGAAACAGCUUUCAAAACCGAUUGUGCUGCUCUUUUUGCCAAACUAAACAAAGUCACAGGGUUUCUUUGGGGACAUUCACCUGAAGCUUUGGCCGACAUAUCCAACAUAACAUAUGUAAACAACCAAAGCAAAGCCGUGUCUUUGAGUCUUUUCGCUCAUUCAGACUUUGGUCUGUUUCUCCCAUAGGUUGGAAAAAAGGCUGUCGGCUUUAGUUUAUGAUCACAUGAGGAGCGAACAGACUAACCACACUCUGACCUUGCUGGCCCGGAGUGUCUUAGCCAGCUGCUUGUAAACUCCCUGAUCUGAUUUACCCAGAAGCAGUUACAUAGGCCCAAUGAAGAGGACUGCAGCGGUGCUUGUGGACCAGUAAAACCGUGUUUUUAUCCUCUUUUUAAGCGCAGAAACUUCUGAGAAAUGAAGCUGCCUGAUGGUCAUCGCAACACAGGAAGCACAUGUCAAUUUAGAGAAGUGUUAAUACUAAAAGUCAGCAGUCUUGUUUGUUAAACAGAAUUGCUGCGUCAACAUCUCAGCACACAGGGGAAGGAAACUGAAGCCGUAGCUUCGUGUCUUUUUUUUUGUCUCUGUUCCCCAGUGAACUGAUGAGGCGUGAUGCUGAUGCUGUGCUCGUAUGCAGCAGCCGUAGGGUUUCUGUUUUCAAGUGGCGUCAUUCCUGCUUGGCUCCGCACUCCUGAUUCGAAGGGUGCAGCAUCAUCGCAAAAGAGGGUUUCUGAUUUAUCUCAACGUUGGUGAAGCCCCUGUGUUGUUUCUCUGGAAAUGAAACCUUAAUUCUUAUCCUGCCAAACUGCUCUGAUGAUCCCUGCAAGCUGGAGAUCCUGCAGUAGUUACUGCAGUGAAGAGCUGCAGUCGUAUUUUUGGGUUCUGUUGUCUUUAUAGAAAAAUACGGUUGGGUUUUAUUCCUUCUGCAGAGCGAUCUGUAAUAUGAGGAAGCUUUUACGGUUUGUUUCUGUUUUGUCAGACUCCAGACUGCUCAUAGUAACACAGAGAAACAUCAGACUCCAUAAUCAAAUACACUCUUUAUCCAUCAGUUCAAUGUAUCCUCCCUCUCUUCAACACUGCUGUACAUUUAGUUAUCAGGGAUAUUCAGGUGUAAAAAUUAAUUUAGGGUCAAACACACCAUAACACCGAGUUAGACACCCCAUCAAGAGAUGAAUGUUGUCGACCGCUUGCUCCUCUAGUUAUACCAACUUAAGUAACGACCGCACGAUAGCAAUAUACAGCAGUCUGAGGAGCCAUAAACAAACCUCAACCAAAACGCCACUCUAUAGCCACAAAUAAUGCUCAGAACAGCAACUUACUUCAUCAACAGGACAUAUAGGGUCCCAGCCACUAAACAUCUUUUUAACUUUGCCUGAUUUCUUUAGCAAAGAGGUGAAAAACAACUCACCUACUCUCUUCCAGCAGCCGCUUGUUUGUUGCGAGAACUUGGGCCAGACAAUUACAGACUACAGUGGGGUGUCGCAGCUCAAGGAAGAACAUUUAUGAACAUUUCUUAAUGGAAAUGCAAUCAGACCGAGACGCUAAGGCAAAAGAACUACUGUGUCUGCAGUGUAAAUUGAUUAAUAUGGUGAUUAUUACUUCAAGGAAAUGAUAAAGAAAUGAUCAUAAAUGUUCUUCCUUGAGCUGCGUCACCCCGCAGCAGCCCCUAACGGACUGGCCGGAGGUCUCCCUACAAACCGCUGCUGUAUUGCUAUUGUGCAGUCGUUGCUAAAGUUGGUAAAGUUAAAGAGUCAAGCUAGUACUAUGGCUAGGACCCUAUAUGUCCUGUUGAUGAAGUUAGGUGCUGUUCUGAGCAUUAUUUGUGGCUAUAGAGUGGCGUUUUGGUUGAGGUUUGUUUAGAAUAUCCCUUGAAUACAUAUAGCACCCUCAUGUCAAGUAACUUCACAAUAAAAGUAAUAUUAACAUGUCUAUUUUCAUUUGCUGUUGUGCUAUGAUGCUUAAACAUCAAGAUACUUGGGAUCUGGGUAACUUAUACAGUCUAUUGAGGAGUUAAAAAGUCAUCCGGUAGGUGGUCUGAAAGUUCUUUAAGAAAUCCAGAUUUUAUUAUGCAGCACUUUCAGUUCACCGUGUGCCUCAUGAGAAUUCCCGACCAGAACAUGCCGUCCAGUUCCUUCAGAGACAGAUUUAUCAUCCUUACGCCUCCACAGCUGGAGUUGGUCUCCAUCCUGGUGUGAAACCUCUCAGCUGUUUGAUGCACACCGUCAUCAUGGUCUGGAAAAUUGUUCUCGGUAGAUUAAGGAUUUAAUUCUAACCUGACCUGAAUUAGUGUGUCGGUACACUGCUACUCCUCCAUUUAAAGCUCCUGUGGGCAGUUUUAGCUGGCUGGGAAACUUGUGAGAAUUGAUAUUGGAGCCUCUUUAGGACUUAAAAAAAGAGAAUAAAACAAUGAGCAAGUGGACUGAUUAUCUCAGUUAAGUUAUUUUAUACAUCUGGAAGUUUGGACUAUUAAAGCCAUUUUUACCAGUAUUUAAGUUUUAUCUAUAGACACACAAUUCAAGCAAAAACUAUACUAGUUUCAACAGACUUCUCAAAAGUUAAAUAUUGCCUGGUUUUACGGCUCAUAUUUUUUGGUGUGAUGAGAAAACAGCUAGUUUAUUAUACAAUAAUACCUGUUAUAGUAGUUCAAGAGUUGGCUGUAAAGGAUUCAGGUCCAUUAAAGGGACUUUCCCAUCAAUGGGGCCUUGUUAUAAAGUCAUGACCUGGCCCCAGACUUAGUAAUACACAAGAGAUUAAAAGUGUAAGGGGGAGGUAUAUGUGCUCGACUGGAAUGUGUGUGUUUAGUGUUUAUAUGGCGACAAGAACAGCCCUAUAGUGCAUGGUUCUGGGGUAUAAAAACAAACACUUUAUUCCCACUUCAGCGAUAAUCCAGCCAUUAGUCAUGUUUCCUUUUUACUCCUCAGUAAGUUGAUGUUUUGAGCUGAAAGUCUGAACCUGAUGGCCCCUGACUAAAGCCUGGAACAACACAGAAGAUCUCUAGAAACUUAUAAUGCCUUAUAUUCGGACAAGGCAAGCGCUAAAAUAACUUUCGUAGAUGUAGCCAUCUUGUUUCCGCCUCCGAUUUUGCUUUUUUCCAACUUGGCAACUGAAACGCUGGGAACUCGGGAUGACGUCAUUUUCAACUCAGACUUCUGUCAUUUCAAGGUAACUUGAAUUCACCAUUAGAGUAGGAAACAUGACGAACUACUGGAGCGAACUGUUGCUAGCUAGUUAGCUCCCUGGAACCUCAGCUGAAGAAGUAACUUCAUGUCAACGCCUCUCCUUCUCUUUUGGUUGCAUUGCGUUUUACCGAACACACUCAUGUAUUUACAAGUGGAUUCUAUAGUUCGGACGUCCAUCUACGGUUUACGCUUUGUGUUUACUAUCGUUGCCAUGGUUGCAUUUGUUGUGCUUCCGUCUGUGUUAAUCGGAAGGAAGACCAUCACCACAAGACAAUCAGGCAAGAUGAUCUGUUGAACCAUCAGCCUUUUCUGGCUUCUGUUCGAAGGAGGAGUUGGACCCAAAAUCACUGUGAUGAUCUUGUAGUGUGUGCUCUGCUCAAAGCUGCUCAGCGCUGGCAUCCAUGGCCACAAAAAGGUCAUCUGCCACCACAGAAAGGCCAUCAAGUUUUAUCCCCAAUAGCAACACCAACACUGAGACUACUCCAGCAAAGCCGAUGCUCUCGCGAACUUGACGGCACUGUGUCAGCACCAAGAUUGUGGGCCUGGUGCCUUCAAGAGCAGAAGUAAAGAAUUCAACAUCUGCUGCUGCCAACAGAGUCGUCUCAGAGGAAGCAGCAGCAGCAGCCACAUGUUGGUUUGACGCAUGUGUGAUUGAAAAAUCACAGCAGGUGGAGAUGAAGUGUAACAAACCGACCGUGGAACAGCAACAGGUUUAACUCAACGCUGUGAGAAAAAAAUCACCACAGGAAGUUUUCAGAGUCUAUCUUUGAGCUUUCAAUGAAUAAAUCAACGUCAGAGCGAAGAAAGAUACGUUGUUUUGGUUGGAAAAAGACCUUCACUGCAGUUUGAUGUCUUUGAGGAGGAACUAAACACAGCAGCAGACCAGUGAGCAGUUUUCCUGAUUUAUUCCAGUUUUCUGUCGACCUCUGAAUAUGCCGUCUUAUUUCCUCGCUCUUAUCUUUGCUCCCAGUGGUGCCUGUUGUGUUGCUUCACCUCCUCCUCCUCCACAUUAUGAUCAAUCAAAAUGAUAACCUGCCUGUGUAUGCGCAUCACUACAGAAGCUUAAAUUUCUCCUGAGCCAUUUUUCCUACAACUUACAAGACCAAAGUUUCCCAUUUUUGAGUUCUUCUCUAGUGGAUCAGAUUAAAACUUCCUGCUUAACAUCCUCGAGGUUAAUCCUGUUUUCGCAGAAUGUUCACAGACUGGAGAAACACGUUUUACUUGUGAUUCAUCACACCAUUAUUGUGACUAAUACCCCGUAUUUGUCUUUGUCCUUCUGACAGUAGCAUUAAGUGUUUUUCUCACACGCUGCUCUGCCUUUGUGUUUGCAGACGAAGAAGUCGUCUCACAUACUUUUGUCGGAUUAGACUCGGAUAAUUGAAACGUGGGAGGUCGAGUUUUUUUUUUUACCCAAUUUAUCAAACAUGCUCUGAAGGAGAUGAGAUGGUUUCUGCUUUUUGAUUCACAAAAAUAAAGCAAAUAUUGGAGCAUCCAUACAAACCCUGUGAUGAUUCCUGGCUUCUUUGUGUGUUUGUGUGUGCUGUUUUUUGUGAAUGUGUGUUCCUGUCUCUUCUUAUAUUGAAUAUGUGCCUUCAAUUAGGCCAGUACAACAAACUGUCUCUUGGCAUUACUCAGUUAAAAGUCAGUGUAUUAAUCUAAUUACAGCUCCAGUACAGUCCCUGAAAAGGAAGUCAAUAAUGUUUACUUUGUGCUUUUUGUCCAUGAACCUUAAAUACAUGCUGUCACUAAUCAUAGCCGCAGCGAAGUACCGAAUAAACUGACUUUACAUGCUAAUUGGGGCUCUGUGCGGUGACAUUGUGUAUCAGCCUGCAGGCCACUAUAAUCAGAGCAGCUCUAAUGAGGCUGCCAGACAUCUGAAGAGUUAAAGGUUGAGGAAUUUGAAGAGAAGCCUAAAAGGCAUCUUGGUGGGGGUUUUCGAUGGGGGUGAUAGCGGUUUCAUGGGUCGGCUCGUGAAACAGAAGAGGCUUUAUCGAGGAGGAUGCUGAAUGAUCUGGAGAGAUUUCCCUUAGAUAUCUCCUCAAAGGCAAACUCAUUGAAAAAUGAUAAACCUCCACUUCUUGUUCCAGAUGAGCUCAGGUGAUUUUGCGCUAAUUUAGUCCAGCAGUAACUAAAUUAAAAUCACACUUUUCCAUUAGCCACGUCUUCUUGGUAAACCAGCCCCUUUGAAACCCCCAAGGGUAAUUUUUCCCACUUUCAGUAGGAAUGCUGUUUGGCGAGCAGAUCAGGUCUAAGCUCUUUAGCUCUCAGCUUCUCCUGCAACGAGAUGGCUGAUUUUUUGGUGCAACCAAUGCGCAUCUAUUGGCUCUCAUAAUAGAGCUUGGCGCAUUUCAUCUCUAGUUGGUGGAAGAGGUCGCUGGUGUUUCCUUCUCCAGCAAUGACAGCCACACCAAAACUCUUUGACGGGUUUUCUAAAGGCUAAGAAUCUCCAGACAACAGAUGUCGCGACUUGCGCCCUUUGUCGGAAUGAGUUCCUCUUCCUCUUCCUCAUGAUGGGUGGGUCGGGCUGCCUGUGUUUGCUCGGUACUGCCACUAAUCUCCACGUCCGCCAUGACCACCACCAGUGAAGCUGUUUCUUCUUCACCAAAACUAUGCCAAGCAGUCUGCUGGACACACUGGUGAUUAUAGGAAGCGCACCCAAACCUGACUAAUCAAACGGAGCGAACAAACUCUGCACAAAGCAUUGAUGAAUAUACGGAAAAGCACCCAAAAAGAUGCGCUCCGGAUUUCCUGUUAGCGAGUACAGACAACUACACACUGACUCAGAGAGAUGCAGCAGACAUCUACUCUCUCUCUCCAUUAUAAACGGUAUAGCAAAAUUUCUACUGCUAGACACUUUUGUCAUACCGCCCUGCACUAAUUGCGACACAUUCUGACUUUGUUGGGUUCAUAUUGUGGGUACGAUAAAACUGAUCGUAUGUGUCUUGGUGUUUACAGAGUUUCAGUAAUGUGGGGUCUAAGAAGAUGUUCAAAAAUGUAUUGAUUAGAUCCUGUUAAAACAGACUCUAGCUCUAAUAUUGAAACUCUAACCAUGAAAUGUACCAAAUUCUCACGCCACAACGCCUUCUCUGUCUUCACCCCAGGGUCUAACUACGCCAUGUCUAACGGGGGCGGGGCACCGAGCAGCACCACUCACCUGCUGGACUUCCUAGAGGAGCCCAUUCCAGGUGUGGGGACCUAUGACGACUUCCACACUAUCGACUGGGUCCGAGAGAAGUGCAAGGACCGCGAGAGGCAUCGGAAGGUGAGUCGGAAACACUCGGAACAUCUUAGUUUUCCUCUGAGAUAAACCGAUGAGGAGAAAUCUAUCAGCUUUCACUCACAACAGUACCGACCUUUUACUUCACCCUUAAGUCUGACUGUUUACAACAACUUCUCAUUUCUAAACUGUGUCUUUUGAAGUGUUACUCCACUCACUGAAGAUUCAGCAAACUCUUUGAAACACACCGAGACCUUGAGCCUUACUUUUUUGAGGGAUUAUCAAAGACUUCUUGAAAAAACUGAUAAAUAUGGACAAGUAUCCUUGAAUCUCAGCCCAUUUCCAGUCCGUACAGCGUUUCCACUUCACUGCCGUCAGCAAAAAAAAUCUCAGCCACACAGGAAGUGAUGUGCAACACAUUUCCUGCAGAGCUCUAGAUAGUUUGGAUUAUAAAAUAGAAGAACUGGGUAGUCUGGAUGAGAGUCAGUGACUGGAUUCAAUUCGCCUACGAUUUUUUUGGAUGCCGAUUCGAUUUAAAUUGCAAUUCUAUGAUAUUGUCGAUUUUCUCGAUCUUUAGUCCGCGUUUUUAACACCGGUGAAACAGUUAAAUGAUUAUGAUUGUCCACUGACUAUUCCAGGAACCAUAUUUCCCCCAAAAAUACACAUCACAUGUAAGUCAGUUUUUUAAAUUUAUUCUUAAAAAAUUUUUAAAAAUCGAUUUUUGAACAUAAAAAUUGUACACCAAAAAAUUUCGAUACUUAUAUGAAUCGAUUUUUUCUCCCUCCCCUAAUGUCCAAGAUACUUUUCUGAAGCUAACCCUGUGUUGCACUAACCCUACUUGUUGAAACAGUCUAAGGUGACCUUGUCGGGACAAAAUUACCCAGUGGAGUGAUUUUGCAUGCACACCUCUUCAAAUUACUCCUGUCGUGACAUCACCACAGGAGCAACAUCAGAUUUCCUUAUAGACUCUGUUUUCCCAUGAGGCCUUAGUUACAAUGCAGAGGCUUUUUUACUGUACCUUCUCCUGCUAGCCUGGAUGACAACUCAAGUUUUUACACAGAGGCAAAAAAAAAACAUGUUUUAAUUUUCAUAUUUUUUAUUUUUUAGCUCAUUAAACUAAAUCUCUCUCAGAAGGUCAUCAGUUUGAAAAAUCUCAUGGUACAAAAUUCAUGAAUGAACCCGAGUGAAAGGACGCACACUGAAACGGUCUGUGUGUUCUCCGUCUACACAUUAUCCAAAUAUUGACACAACUUUACAGCCCACUUUAUAGCAAUUAUCAAACACAGAGCUGCGGGAGUUUACUACUCUGAGAAUUUGAAUGAACACUUAACCUGCUGAACCUGAAAGUUUAUAAGAGUGACAGAGCAUUUUACUCAUUUAAAGAUGUUUCUUUUUUUUAUUCUCAUGCUUUUUUGAUUGAAUCUGUUUCUUUUUACUGUCUUAUUUUAGAUAAACAGUAAGAAAAAGGAGUCGGCAUGGGAGUUCACAAAGAGCCUGUACGACGCCUGGUCUGGGUGGCUGGUGGUGACGCUCACCGGCCUGGCCUCAGGUAACACACUCGCACACACGCAUAAUCAACACACACACGGGCACAUGCAGAGCCGUUAUCUGUUCUGCUGCUGACUCUCACAUGCUUCACGCUCAGCCUUGACCUCUUUUUCUUUCCACUGGAGCGUCUGUGAGGCCGUCACAGGACAGAGCUCAGGAGAACCCUCCCGAAUGAUCCACAAACAAAGUCAGCAUGAAUGUUAUAAUGAUAGAAUAACCGCUGCGCCACAUUUACUCGUCUUUUUUUUAAAGUUGUGUUUGUGUAGAGAGAGGACAGGACAGAGCAGGAAAAGAAAUAUAGAUAUAGAGGUGGGGGCUUGACGACUCGACUUGAGACUCGACUUGGACUUGAGUCCCGUUUUUGACUUGCUUGAUGAAAUCAAGAAAUGACUUGGACUCGCUUGGGACUUGAUUGCUAAAGACUUGAGACUUGACUUGAGCCCAGUGACUUGAAAAUUCGCUUGUUUUUGGCUUGUUUCUGGAGGUCUGUUUCCUUAUUUCUCUCACGAAACUUUGCAACACUGUCUCAAACUCUAGCCUCCCUCAUAACGACAACACCGGGAGGACAUAUAACAAAUGGUUUAUGGCUUUGAUAUGACUUGUUUUUGACUUGAAAGAAACAGUAAGGACUUGGUUGGGACUCGAAACAAAAAGUUCAGGACUUGGACUUGACUUGAGACUUGUCUGUGUUGACUUGGACUUGACUCGGACUUGAGAGCAAAGACUUGAGACUCGACUUGGACUUGCAACAUAGGGUCUUUCCCCCACCUCUGAUAUAUAGUAGUUAGACUAAAAUGGGAUGGUUGAGGCGCAGUAAUGUCUUUUGUCACACAGCUGCUCUGUUUGAACUUUCAGGUGAAUACAAACAUCAGACCUGUUAAAACCACCCGCAGCACAAACACUGAAACAGAUUCAGUUUGGAUGAUGAAAUACUGUCCGUGUGAAUGUUUUUAAUGACGCCACAGGAGCUGAAAAAGAGCGGCUCUGACGUCUGAUUGUUCCUGUUGGUUUAAAGUCUCACUGAUGUUUGAGAAACGGUUACACUGCGUACUUUAAGGAGUGUCUGACCUUUAAUGUGCACCUUUCUUCGACUAUAUCAAAAACACUAAUUAGAUGUGGUAGCAAAAGAGACGAUGUUGUGUUUCGAUUGAUUAAUACUCAUGAAACCUGUGAGUAAUGUCCCCUCCUCUCUGGCUGCCAAGAUAAGCGCAGGAUACAGAUAAAUGAUUCAUCAUAUCUCAGAGCGUUGUGAGUCCUCAGUUUGUAUUUUCUUCCUUCUGUACUGAUAAGAUAACACGCUCGUUUGUAAAGCUGGCAGCAUCAUUCGUUCCUCUUCUUCUUUGUCCCUCUUUAGGUGCUUUGGCCGGCCUGAUCGACAUCGCCGCCGACUGGAUGAACGACCUGAAGGAGGGCGUGUGUCUGAGCGCCAUGUGGUUCAACCACGAGCAGUGCUGCUGGACGUCCAACGAGACCACCUUCGCCGAGAGGGACAAGUGUCCUCAGUGGAAGAGCUGGGCUGAGCUCAUACUAGGGCAGGCCGAGGUAGAGACAAAGUUUAGAGUCAGUCACAGUCAGUACGUUUACAUGACACUCGAGAAAAGUGAGUUAUUGCCUUAAGGUCCUUUCACACCGGGAGCAUUUUUUUUGUGCAAUUAUUUCGGACAUCAAUAUUUUUUUUUGAACCCAUAUCCUGUCAAUACAAGCGUUCACAUCAGCGACGUUUUCGCGUUCUGCGAUAUUGCGGCAUUUAUUUUUUCGGAUCACGGUCAAUUUUUCUUGAAGUUUCGCAUACUGUGUGUCCACUUCUGACCAAUCAGAUUUCGUGUUGUUGCGACGUCUGAUUUACCGGUAUAUCCAACAUGGCCGACCAACUGAUUGUUUAUGUGUCGGAGAACAGAGUGAUUUUUGAUAAAAGACACAAACAUUACAAAGAUAACGACCUGAACGACAACUUGUGGAGAGUCAUAGCGUCGGAUUUCGCCUCCGAAUAUUUUGUAAUUUUGCAUUCUAUCUUCGCGUCGGCCCUGUUGUGUAAGGACCUUUACCCCAAUUAAGACCGGACAACUGAAGUGCAUGUAAACACUUUAGUCUGACUCAAAUCGGAUUUUGAGGACUUCGAUUGGUGUCGAAAAACUCUGAUUAAGACACCCAGAUGAUGCGAUUGGAAUUCGAUUUUCUCUACCAUGUAACCGGCGUAGUCAGAGUACGAUCAGACAAUGCAUGUGUGCGUGCACCACGCCCAUGUAACCCCGGAACAAAAACACCAGAGACGAAGUGGCACUAUCAUUUAAAAAACUUUCGACUCAAAAGCAACUGCAUCGUGGCUGAAGCAUGAAAGAAUGUCCACUCAUCGACGAGGAGAGCGAAAUGGACAUUUUAAAGUAUUUGGACGGUCGCAAAACGAGGAACAGAGACAUCUUUAAAAAAGGACCAGAAACAGCGCCGCUGAAAAGACCCAUACUGCCCCCUAGUUUUUUUGGGGGGAGGACACGUUCACGUCUUCAAUUCUAUUUUCUCAGCUGCAUGUAUGUGCGGACAAGGAGAGAAGUCCGAUUCGCUGAAAAAAGCGAAUUAUAAGCUUAGUCUGAUUAAGUUUUGCAUGAUAACGCACUGACUGAGAGACAGAUUCUGUGUUUAAACUCCUCCAUGUUUUCUCCUCUUCCUCUCUGCAGGGUCCCGGCUCGUACAUCAUGAACUACUUCAUGUACAUCUACUGGGCGCUUUCCUUCGCCUUCCUGGCGGUCUGUCUGGUCAAGGUGUUUGCUCCCUACGCCUGUGGCUCAGGGAUCCCUGAGGUGAGUGCGGCGCCUUUUGAAACCUCUCCUCUGCGGCGCCUUCAGGUUCUCUUUUGAAACUCCGAAAUCUAAGAGAUAAGAGACGGCUUUCACGCUGCGUAGAUCUCCUCAGAGUCAGAAAGUGGGUUUUAGCCUCAGAAAGCGUCGCUCCACUCCUUUGAAUGUUAAUGAGGUUAGUGGAGUGUCUCUUUUCGUCUCUCUAUUUCUGAACGUGUGGAGGAGCAGGAGCAGGUUUUUCUGCAGACUGUUGAUGUCCUCGGCUCUGAUAGAUUGUGUUGUGGCGUAGCAGAAGUGUGUAAAUCUCUGCAGCCGACUCUAACUCUCCGUGAAAAUGGUCUAAUUAGUCAUGUGAGCUCCCUGGGAUCCACAUGGUGGUUUUUCACGCUCACGAGGUUCCUUUUAAUGUCUCAAAGUGGCUUAAAUCAGGAUUAAUCGAGUGUUUCUGAUUGAGACUGCGGUCUGAAAAAAGCCAAUCAGGCAGUUAGUCUGUUUUUUUUAUAUUUUCCUUUUGUUGCCAUGGGAACAGAGCAGGCAUGGGGAGCAUCAGAAAGUAACGGGUGUGGUCGAGGAUGUCCCUGAUCCGGCGCACACGUCUCAUCUCUCUUCUCUCUCCAGAUCAAGACCAUCCUGAGUGGGUUCAUCAUCAGGGGCUACCUGGGGAAGUGGACCCUGAUGAUAAAGACCAUCACCCUGGUCCUGGCUGUGGCGUCCGGCCUCAGUCUGGGGAAGGAAGGCCCUCUGGUCCACGUGGCGUGCUGCUGUGGGAACAUUUUCUCCUACUUGUUCCCUAAAUACAGCAAGAACGAGGCGAAGAAACGAGAGGUGAGCGAGAGAGGAGUGGACUCAUCUUUGACCACGUUUUCAUCCUGAUGUUUUAUUAUUUAGUAAAAGAUCGAGUUAUAGGGUCUGAAAAGUUUGAAGUUUGGGUUUUUCUUCCUUCCAGGUUCUCUCUGCUGCGUCAGCGGCUGGAGUUUCUGUUGCUUUUGGAGCCCCGAUUGGAGGAGUCCUCUUCAGCCUGGAGGAGGUUUGGAAACAGCUCUAAUAAUCGACUUAAAGGGAUACUCCGGCGUAAAAUUAACUUAGGGUCAAACACACCGUAACACAGAGUUAGACACCCCCUCCAGAGAUGAAUGUUGCUGACCGCUUGCUUCGCUAGUUAUACCAACUUCAGUAACGACCGCACGAUAGCAAUACACAGCAGUCUGAGGAGCCAUAAACAAACCUCAACCAAAACGCCACUCUGUAGUCACAAAUAAUGUUCAGAACAGCAUCUAACUUCAUCAACAACAAACUGCAGCCACUUUUUUGUAACGAGACCUCAGGCCAGUCCAUUAUGGACUACAGCGGGGUGCCGCAGCUCAAGGAAGAACAUUUAUGAUCAUUACUUUAUCAUUUCCUUUAAGUAAUAGUCUUAAAGUUACUUAUAGUUACUAAAGUUGGUAUAACUAGAGAAGCAAGCGGUCGGCAACAUUCAUCUCUUGACGCGGUAUCUAACUCGAUGUUAGAGUGUUUUUAACCUAACUUAAUUAAACGCCGGAGUACCCCUUCAAAAACUGACCAGAAGUGAGUCUAAACCUACAGGUAAUCUCAUCAAACUCUUCCUCCUCUUCUUCCAGGUGAGCUACUACUUCCCUCUCAAAACGCUGUGGCGCUCCUUCUUCGCCGCCCUGGUGGCGGCCUUCGUCCUGCGCUCCAUAAACCCGUUCGGUAACAGCCGUCUGGUGCUGUUCUACGUGGAGUACCACACGCCGUGGUACCUGUUUGAGCUCAUCCCGUUCAUCCUGCUGGGAGUGUUCGGAGGCCUCUGGGGCGCCUUCUUCAUCAGAGCGAACAUCGCUUGGUGUAGACGGCGCAAAUCCACGCGCUUCGGUAAGAGCCUCCUCAUACGUUAUUAAGGUCAAAGGGGUGUGUGGUUUUUAUGUUUCUACUUAUCUGAAAGAAUAACCCUCUGACAUGUUUCCUUUUCUCGCUCCAGGAAAGUACCCGGUCUUGGAGGUGAUCUUGGUGGCCGCCAUCACCGCCGUGGUCGCCUUCCCAAACCCGUACACGCGUCAGAACACGAGCGAGCUGAUAAAGGAGUUGUUCACAGACUGCGGCCCGCUGGAGUCCUCACAGCUCUGUCAGUACCGCAGCCAAAUGAACGGCAGCAAAGCCUUCACCGACAACCCCAACCGGCCAGCCGGGCCCGGAGUCUACGCCGCCAUGUGGCAGCUCUGCCUGGCGCUCAUAUUCAAAAUCAUCAUGACCAUAUUCACCUUUGGACUCAAGGUGGAGCUCUAGCUUUCCUCAAGAGAGUAAAUGUUUCACCGAGGGUGUCGUUAUCAGUGCUAACAACGCUUUCCGUUCCUCUCCCUCAGGUACCGUCGGGUUUGUUUAUCCCCAGCAUGGCCAUCGGCGCGAUUGCAGGGCGGAUCGUCGGCAUCGCCAUGGAGCAGCUCGCCUAUUAUCACCACGACUGGUUCCUGUUCAAGGAGUGGUGUGAGGUGGGGGCAGACUGCAUCACCCCGGGGCUCUACGCCAUGGUGGGAGCGGCUGCUUGUCUGGGUGAGUCCAGGGCGAGGGCAUGGGGGAGGGCUUGGCGCAAAAGUAACAUACUUUGAUCUUUACCCAUGAGUCAGCUGUCUUUCUAAUUACCCUCCCCUUUCUCUCCAGGCGGCGUAACCCGUAUGACCGUCUCCCUCGUCGUCAUCGUCUUCGAGCUUACCGGCGGCUUAGAGUACAUCGUCCCCCUCAUGGCCGCCGUCAUGACCAGCAAAUGGGUCGGGGACGCUUUCGGCCGCGAGGGAAUCUACGAGGCGCACAUCCGUCUGAACGGGUACCCCUUCUUGGACGCUAAAGAGGAGUUCACGCACACCACGCUGGCCCGGGAGGUGAUGAGGCCUCGACGCAGCGACCCGCCGUUAGCGGUGCUGACGCAGGACGACUUGACGGUGGAGGAGCUGCAGGCCGUCAUCAACGAGACGAGUUACAACGGUUUCCCUGUGAUCGUGUCCAAGGAGUCCCAGAGGCUGGUGGGCUUCGCUCUACGCAGGGACAUCACCAUCGCUAUCGGUAACCAUUUCGUUAGAGUCUUGAAGAUCUUGAUUUCACAGCCUGCCUGAACUAACACUUCCUGUUUUUCUGGUUCCUCCUCUACAGAAAACGCACGCCGAAAACAGGAGGGCAUCAUGUUGAACUCGCGGGUGUACUUCACCCAACACGCGCCCACCCUGCCCGCCGACAGCCCCCGGCCCCUCAAACUGCGCUCCAUCCUGGACAUGAGCCCCUUCACCGUCACCGACCACACCCCCAUGGAGAUCGUGGUGGACAUCUUCAGGAAGCUGGGUCUGCGUCAGUGCCUGGUCACUCACAACGGGUGAGUAAAAGAAAGCGAAGAAGUGCCGUGAAAACGUAGACGGAUCUUUUCUCACAUCUGACUCUGCGCUGGUUUUGACUAACCCGGCUGAGGUCCACAUGCCGCACAUGUACACACACUGACGGGUGUUGCAUGGCCUCUCACAUCCCUGGGUUUCCUCUGUAGUCUGCAUGGCCCAGUCUAACAGCUGUGCUGCACUCCUUCUGACCCUCUACUGAGCAAUAACAGAGCUGCUGUUACUAACGGCAACUACAUAACAGGUAUCAGAGGUGAGGUCUGAGACAAUCAGAGCCUUUAGAGAAGUCAAAAUCCUUUUUUUAAUUCUUCAAAUUAUGAGGGUUUUUUUUAAAAGAGAACAGUUGAAAAGGUUUACAGAGUCAAAAUUCGCCCCCUGCUGGUGAGGUUUGAGAAUUACAGGACAAAUGAUCAUUUCUGGAUGGUCACAUGUACUCCUGUGUUAAUCUUUUCUGGAUAGUCUUAAAAACAAAUUACAUAUUCCUGUUAAUUAGAGGGAGUUUAUACGUCACUCAGGGUGAUUAAGAAACAGGUUGAGCAACUUUAUGAAAGGAAAUGUAUAAAUCAAAUCGAGAUGAGAGAAAGGACGUCUGAAGAUGGCGCUUUGUUGUUUUUUUUGUUUGAAAAUUGUAAAACAUACCGUAUUCUCUUCUGCAUUUCUAGGACAGAUCUCUUUAGAAGUUAAAUAUGACUAGAUUACCGUAUUUUUCGGACUAUAAGGCGUACUUAUAAUCCUUCAAAUUUCUCAAAAAUGGACAAUGCGCCAAAUAACCCAGCGCGCCUUAUGUAUGAUCACUUGUUGUGCUUACUGACCCAUUUUAUGUGGUACUAUGCGCUCAGAAAUCUGUCAAAAUGUGUAAGUACUAGGGCCUGACCGAUAUAGAUUUUUUGGGGCCAAUGCCGAUUAUUGGGGGGGGGGGUCCGAUUACUGAUUAGUCGGCCAAUUUUCUCAAAUUUUUUAUUUAAAUUUUUUAAGUUAUAAAAAAUAUAUAUAUACUAUAGAUACUGUAGAUAUACUGUUCGCUACUGCUCUUCAAGACCGACCGAUCAAACUCGGACCAGAAAAUUGUUUUCAACCACUGCUGUGCUGUGAGGUAGUUAGUGGUUGAAGAUUGUCUUGAGGACAUCGACACGUUAAUUCAAAGUGCGCCUUAUAAUCCAGUGUGCCUUAUGGCCUGAAAAAUACUGUAAUCUAAAAUGGACAAAAAUCCAUGAAUCUGUGAUAAGAAACUCUCGUAAACGCACAGUUUCUAACACCACGUUGACGUGAACAUCGGUGGUUUUGUUGUUUAACAGCAGGCCCGGCUGAUUCGUAACAGGAGUUGAUUAUGAGUUUGUUUCUGUGAUCUUAAGUUGUUUUUAUUUGUUUUAAAUUUAAAUUUACUCUCAGUUUUGUAUUUUGAGUUCCACCUGUUAUGUAUGUUUUGUGCUGCUGUUUGUUUUCUCUCCCUCUCUUCUGUUUGUCGUCUUUGAUUAUUUGUCGUUUUUUUGUUACCGAGUAACGGGUGUGUGUUUCAGGAUUGUGUUGGGCAUCAUCACAAAGAAGAAUAUUUUAGAGCAUCUGGAGGAGCUCAAGCAGCAAGAGGAGCCCCUGGUGACUAGCCCCGCCCCUUUACACAUAUGACCCCUCCCUCCCCUUACUUUCACACCUGUCUCUUAGGCCCCGCCUCUUUAGAGGGAUGCAUGAAACUUGGUGUGAAGAGCUGUCGACAGUUCCCAGCUGAACAUGAAGCCUUCCUCUUCUUUCUUCCUCCUCUUCUGUCACUUUCUCUGUUGUCGCUGGUUUGCUUUGGUUUGGAUUCACCCCUAACGAAGUCGGCGACCUCUGACCUCAUCUUCAUCCCUGGUAGCAGUCGUAGAUUUGGAGUGAUAGCAUUAGAAGUUUGUGCUGUGAAGGGAACUGUCGCCCACAUCAGUUUCGAGCCCCUUUCAGACAUGAUCUUCAGGAUUUCUAUAAAGAGACUCUGGACUUGUUCAACUGCAGUUUUGUAACGGGGCUCUUACCUCCGAGUAUCUGGUUCUGUUUUUAACAUGAGUUUAGUCUUAAAUCAGGUUCUUUUACAGUUUAAUUAAAUUAAAAUGAGCUUCUUGAUCGAGCUUAGAUCAAACAAAGUCACCGCUGUAACUCUUUACUAACAGGCCUCCUUUAGUGCACACUCGAACUUCCACAGAUGGUCCAGAACGGGGGUGUCCCAAUACAACUUUUUUACUUCCAAUAUGAAACCCUUCAGAAUUGGCCGAUACCGAUAUUGAUCUGAUAAAGUCUUUUUCAGACUUAAAUGAAAAAUACCGCCACUCUGCCGACAUCACUCCUACUCUUUGCUACUUUGUUCGUACUUUAGUACACACUGUUGUUGUAAUAAUGUGGGCUCUGCAUGCUGGAUCCAGGCACUGCCAGCUAGAGGUGCUAGAGUCUGGAGUGGACUGCUUGUAUCGGGAUUUUAGAUGCAGAUAUAGUUCGAUUUUUAUUUUUUUUGCUGAUAUCAUACCGAUAUCAGUUAUCCAAUAUCAGUAUCGUAUCAGAAAUACCCCUAGAUCGGAGUGAUUAUAUCGGGAUUAUAGAUGCAGCCAAUAUAAUCCAAUAUUUAUUUUUUUUGCUGAUAACAGACUGAUAUUCGGUAUCAAUAUCAUAUCAGGACACCCCUUAAUCGGAGUGCUCAUAUCAAGAUUGUAGAUGCAGGCCGAUAUAAUCCGAUAUUAUUUUUUUUUGCUGAUAUCGAACCAAUAUCAGUUAUCCAAUAUCAAUAUCAUAUCGGGACACCCCUUAAUCGGAGUGCUUAUAAUGGGAUUGUAGAUGCAGGCCGAUAUAAUCCAAUAUUUAUUUAUUUUUGCUGAUAUUGGACCAAUAUUUGGAAUCAAAAUCAUAUUGGGACACCCCUAUAUCAGAGUGCUUAUAUUGGGAUACCGAUAUGGGCAAAAUGACGUUGGUUAUUGUCAUAAAUUUCAGUAUCUGUAAAUUUUCUGUGUGUUGCCCGGCCCUAGUUCUGUCCACGUCUUUUAGAGCCUUACAAGAGUGAUUUACAGCCUCAGACCUCACAGUUCUCUCACUAGUUUGAAAUCUUUCCGCUCUUCUUGACCCCGACUGUAGAAAUCGUCCGUGUCUCUGCGGUCAUGUCUGAAAGGAGCUCUGUAGACUCUCAGAGUUCAGCUCUGUAACUCUGUAACCUCCAUACAGACGUUAGCUCUGCUUACCAUGAGCUCCUUUAAUGAGACUCAGAUUUGUCUAUUUGUAGGUUUAACAGUAGAUUUGAUAUCUCGGCAUGUGUUUGUUUCCCUCCCUCCUCCAAAUUUGAUUCAGUCAUUUCAUACAAAGUUCUCUACCUCCAUUAACGACUGUUUUUUAUCUUUUUUUUUUCCUCUAUCAAACCCGCCGUUUUCUGCUGGGUCUCCACAGUUCAACGACAUCUGACCCCUCGCCGUAACAGGCUCUUGGCGAGUAGCUAGCCGCCUUGGGAAAGCGGAUCUCUGUGGUUGUGAUAUUUUUAGAGGUUUCUGUUUAGUUUAGGAGAAGAUCUGUAGUGAUCCGAUUCAUCAUCCCCGACCGUACUCCUCUUCAUCUUGUAGUGACAGUGAUUGCUGUGUUGGCGUGACGUUUGUUGUGCUGAUUCAUGCUAGUAGCGAGCUAGCGAGUUAGCAUGUGGUGGUGAAAUAACCUCAAUGAGAUGUUUACUAAUCCUGUGCUUUUAACCUGCCUGUGUUUCCUCUCAGCCAGCUGUGAGAAAUAACUCAAGAUCCUCUAAAGUUUCAGGAGUGAUCGAUAUCUGUGCCGCUUUUUAUUUGGACACACAAAAGAGAGAGAGAGAGUCGCUCUCAGACGGGCCACAAUGAACACAAAGAGACAGAGAAGUCGACUAUUAAAGAGACAGCAGUGGGAAGAAACUGAUAAUAUUUGUGCUUCUGUUAUGAAAGAUGGCCUUAAAAUAAACACAGAAACACAAAAAUUAAAGAGUAGACUGAGUUGAACUGAGCACAAACAUCCAUCCUGUCCUCACAACAUGUGAAAAUGUCUUGUAAACAUAAAGUUAUUGACCUGUUGUAAUGAUUCCCUGACCUUUAACUGUCAUUGAAUUACAAUAUUUCCCAGUAAAUUCCCUUUUAAAUGUGAUUAAUGUUGACAAUGAAGUAACAUAGGCGCCCCCUGCUGGGCAGAGUUAGAGCUUAACAAAAAUAAUAGGUUGUCUUGAAGAGAAAAAAAAAUUAAAAAUAAUGUUUUUUUUUCAUGUAGAGUUCAGUGUUUUUAAAAUAACUAGACGUAAUUGAUCUAUCAAUCAAUCAGCCUGUAUUUGUGAAGCACUUUUCAUACAAAACCGAUGAGGAAUAAAAGAAACAAAGAACUGAGGAAACGCCGUUUUGAAAUUCAAGAUAGAAAAGACGAGAGGUUCGGUUUAAAUCAAAAAACAAAAUAACAUAAAAUGAAAUUGAAGACAUAAUAAAUAAAUUGAAAUAAAAACAACAGUAAAGAUAUUUGAGACUCUUUAUUUUUGUAAUUAUUAUGUUAUGAUCGUGAGAUUCCCGUCAUCGUUACUCCACAGUCCGUUAUUCUCAGUCCUUUAUUCCCUCAAACUUCGUCUAAAAAAUCAUUAUUUCUAUAUUUAAAAAUCAAACUCAGUCUCUAACUCAUCAGUCUCUGUUUCUGCCUCAGCUGUUAAUCUCUGAUCCUGAUGACAGGCUGCUGUAAUUCUAACAGACUCCUGUUAGAAUUUAGUUUUGUUAAUUCUUCAUUUUUAAGCGGCAUUUUAUAAAGAUUGAGUGUCUUACAUUCGUGUUUUUGUGGUCCUUCUACUAAGCACUUCAUGUGAACUGGACAGCUGGCUUACAGGAGCAUCGUCCUCGUCCCCCCUGACCCCUCAUACACUGAUCUGUACCUCGUCCCCUGAGCCUCUACGGCGCCGCCUUUGUUCAUUUUGUUGGUUUUAAAAUGAAAAAGCGGCGCUGUAGAUUGGGGGGCUUGAGUCUGAUCCGUGUGUCUCCUCCUCACCAGUGUUUCAUGCCUCCUGCUGCUCUGUAGCUGUAGCUCUAAUCAACACCUCAGACCUGGGUUCAAAUGUCUGUUUUCACUCGCUCCUGUUGCUCAUUAUUCACCUGUCCGGGGUUCAAAUGAAGCUCAGCGUGUGACCAACACCUGCAGCACCUUGACAGUUUUAAAACAAACGACUGGCUGAGGAUUUUGGACCCAGCUCUGCUCUCCUCUGUAGCUCUGUUAGCUGUUUACUCUCUGCUGUUUCUCUUCACCUCAGAUACUCACCGCUGAAUUUAGGAGCACUGUGUGUUUUUUCCUGAUGUUUUCAAACCUUCUAAAUAAAAGCCAGAGUAACAAACAAAGCACAAGGUUAGAGAAUAACAGAAGGUCUCAACUGUCAGUGCAGGGACAGCGAUUUUGAAUCAGGAAUAAUCUUUACUGACUGAAUAUUUAGUCGCUUAUAGUUACUUUUAAAAGUCCAGUUUUGUUUGUUAAUUUGUUUCAGUCAAGUAAAUAUGACAGGUGUGCAAUUAAUGUAAUCAGGUGAGACAUAUUAGUGAUUCAAGUUUCAAGAAAACUAUAAAUAACAGAUAAGACGGCUACACAUGUGCAUAAAAAAAUUCAACAUGUAGAAAUAAGACUAAUAUACUCCUGUAAAAUAUAUAUAUAUUAAGAUCUAAAUAUUGUACGUGAUUGAAAAUCAAUAUUUAACAUGUAAAAGGGAAAAUAUUACGAAUAUGUAAAAAUAUUAAUACUGAAAAUGUGAAAAAAUUAGAAUAUUGCACAUUGAUAAAGUAACAAACUGCAUAUGAAAAGGAAUAUUGCACGUUUGUAAAUAAGAAUAUAAUCUGUAAAAAUCAGACUGUUGUACAUGUAAUAUAUAGAAUAUUGCACAUGUGAUUAACAAUCAAAUUUAUAUAUGUAAAAAGAAAAUUAUUACAAAUAGAUAAAAAAUAGAAUGUAGCUCAUGUGAAAAAGUAGACAUUUUUCACAUGGAUAAAAUAAAAAUAUUACACAUAUUAAAGUAAGAAUAUCGCACAUGCAAAAAAGUGAACAUUACAUGUGUGUUUGAAUAUCAGUAUUGCACAUGUGAAAAUAAGAAUAUUACACAUUUGACUAAAAAUCAGUACAGCAUGUGUAAAAGGACAAAUGAUAUUGCCCAUGUGGGAAAUAAGAAAUAAACACGUUAAACAUGAAUAAAGAUAAUGUUAAAAAGAGAGAAUGUUGCACAUGUGCAGAAAUGUCAAUAUUGCACAUGUAUUAAGAUUCAUUCAUUCAAGUGUGUUCAUAAAAAUAGUAAAAUUAAAAUGAAUACACUCCAGUAAAAAAAAUAAUAUUUCACAAUAAGAACAAAUUUCAUCAUCACACUAAAAACAGUCAGAGUAGUGAUCAUGUGUAUUUUAUUUCAAAGUGAAUAAUCUUAAAUCUCAGUCAUGGUUUUUAACUCCUUUGUCGAGGAGGUCGUCUCCUCUCUUUUCUCCUCAGAGGGUUCGAUCUCCUCCUCUUCUCGUUCACCUGCUCCUGUUUCCUCAUAGACUCACUUUUUCCUCCUCACAGCUGGUAGUCGUGUGCUUUUUUAACUGCUCACUCCUCCCUCCUCUCCUCAUCCUGCUGACUUUUCUUCCUCAGGGAUUCGUUUUUUUGUUGGCUCCUCAGUUACAGACAAAAAUCAAAAAGAGAAACUUUAUUUAUUUAAAUCAUUGAUUAAGUUUUUGUUGAUUUAAAUUUAAUCCAAACAAGCCGACAAAAACAUGACGGUAUUUUCUCUCCUUUCCUCCAUCGGCACCUUUUCACUCGUCUAACCCUCUCCUCCUUCUUCUCUCUCUCUUUCCUUCCUCUCCCUCCCUCUUUGUCUCCCCCUGCAGGCGACUUCUUGGUAUUAUCACAAAAAAAGAUAUCCUCCGUCACAUGGCUCAAAUGGCAAACCAAGACCCCGAGUCCAUCAUGUUCAACUGAUUCGUUCCUUCCAGGAUGGCCGAGGGAGAGGGGGAGACGGCGGCGGUGGCGAGGAGGAGGAGGAGGAGGAAGAGGUGUGCCUCCUGGAUGGCGCCAACCUCUGACACACGGACCUUCUUUAGUUCUUUUUUUAUGUUUUUGAGCUUCGUAGACCCCGAACCUCGCUGACUGAGGGGCUAGCCGGCCUUGAGAUGGGAAAGACUUGAUUAAAAAAAACAAACUUUAUUAUCAUUCUGGCUGCUGAGGACACACACGGGGGGUCACACACAUGAGGAAUGCACUUUUUACCCUAAACACACACACAUCUGCAACGCCACACACAAAAAAAACACACACUUUUGCACCUGCGGACUCCUCCAACAUGCAUGCUCUAUCCACACACACACACUCACAAACACAAACACACACAACCCGAUCCUGUACAGACACACCCAUAUUUUUGCACUCUUCAUGUGCCUCACCCUUUGUCCGCUCCCUCUCCCGCCCGCUGAGGUCGUGGUAGAAGUCGCUUGGCCGGGGGUCAAAGGUCAGAAUGAUCCGCUGAUGAAGGACGCGAUGAGGGACCUUGAAUCCUCCAGGCUAAAACAGAAAAAAACACUCGCUCUCCUCAAACACACACACACCAGACCUGUCCGUCCUGCAGAGAAAUACAUUGUUUACCUGUGAACCAAGUGUGUGUGUGCGUGUGCGUGUUCUCCGCGUCACUACAUUCCAGCCAUGUUACCAUGGCAACUGAGAGGAUGUGCAUCUGCUACUUUGCGAAAACAUGGCAGCCGCAUCUCAUGAUCGCAUGGCUGUAACUUGUGCGUGUGUGUGUGUAAGUGUGUGUGUGUGUGUGUGCGCGCAGUAGGGACGUAAGUGGGUACAGUAUUUCAAGAUCAAACAUUUCCUGAAGGAAGAACUCGGAGGAAGUCCGACCUUUGGCGAGUGUGUGAGUUCAUUUCUGAGCCAGCUUCAGCUGAGUGUGUGUGUGUAAGUGUGUGUGUGUGUGUGUAAGUGUAUCUGCUAUUGACUGAUUCCCAUUGAAGGCAGGUCAGGUGUGAUCAUGAACAAGGAAAAAGUGUUCGAGUUGAAUCCUUUAGUUUGCUCAGUUACUGAAAACAAAUCUCUAUAUUCCCUUUUUUCUCUUUUCUGAUGUUCGUUAAAAUCCGACUUCACUCCGUCAGUCGGAAAAAAAAGAAACAGGAAAUCUGCACGGCUGAAGUCAACAGAUGGCGUCUUCCUCUCUUGUUUUCUAUUUUUAAAAUCUGUAAAAGUCCCAUUUCCUUCGAGCCCUCACAAACCCUGCUCAACACUCAAUCUUUGAAUGAGUGAACCAGUUAAACUCAACAGAGCUAUAUUUUCCUCGCCUAAAAGUGCCGCGAAAAAAAAAAAGUCGAUCUUCCGAAUAUUUAUAAAAACUUGACCUAUUUAGCGCAAUGUUUGCCAACUUCAUCCAAAAACAGCUUUUAAUUUUUGGUUUAACCUGCAUCCUGUGCCAGAAAGAAGGAAGUUAAAGAAUCAAUGAGAAGUUUUUUGACUUUCAUGAAAUUGACUAAAAUGAACACCGUAUUUUUCGCCCUAUAAGCCGCAACUGAUUAUAAAGCGCACCAUCAAUGAACGUGACUAUUCGCAUCUAUGUUCAUACAUAAGGCGCACCGGAUUAUAAGGCGCACCAUCAAUGAACGUGACUAUUCGUGUCUUGCUCAUACAUAUAGCGCACCGGAUUAUAUAGCGCACUGGAUUAUAAAGCGCACUGGAUCAUAAGGCGCACCGGAUUGUAAAGCGCAUUAAGCCAAACAAAAGAGUCAAUAACUCUGCGAGGCUACGGUAGCUGCAGUGCUCCGACAAGCCAAAAGAAUUUUAAGUGCGCCUUAUAGUGCGAAAAAUACGGUAUUGAUGCCUUUUCGUGAUCUUCAAAAGCAAACAAGACCAUCAGCAACGACGUUAGCAUUUUUAUAUCGAUUCGGAAAGCCGAUGCAAUCAGUUAAAGGUUUCAUGAUCUGCACUUCUCAGAGUGUCUCUGUGUGUCUAAAACAGUUGAGGAGACGAGCCCAUCUGUUCGCCAACUUGGCCACGCCCCCAAAUAUGUAAAAUUAUGUAUAUAUAUCGUAGCAUUCAUGUCCUAAAAUCAUAAGCCACAUAGACCAGAACCGUGUUUUAUACUAAAUUGUAACAAUGUUUAUUUCAGCCAUAAAAACAAGCGUUUAACAUUGAAGCUAAUGGAGAGUUUCUGCUUUUGGAGCCAGCCUCUAGUGGUCACUUGAGGAACUGCAGCUUUUAUCUUUUUUCUACAUUGGCUUUAUUUAAAAAGUGCAGAAGUUUCUCCUGCUGUGACAUGAUUGAAGUUUUCUGUAAAGUGAACUUCUUUGUAGUUUCAGGACAUCGUGGCCGAUCCCGAACUUUCCACGUUCACAGCAGGCGCGAUGACUGAACCCUUCCCACUUUCAAGGACCUGAACUGAAUCAGGUAUAUAUUCAUAUAAACGUGUCUUAGCAGAAUAAAGACUGGAGACCUGAUAAUAGAUCCGCUCCAGGAUUUGUCAGGUACCCGUGUAGGAAACUGUUCUGGCCAAAAUGAGUGAAUUUAAUCAACAGGGAGGGGAUUUAAAAAGAGAGACUGAAAGACUGGACAAACAGUAGCACCUUACCUGUGGAGUGACAGCGGUAGUGUGUGUGUGAGCGUGUGUGUGUGUGUGAGGUCAGGUUCAUCCUGUGUACUCGUUUCGUUGCAGUGACUGCUCCUGCAGGGCCUCGUCUGUGUUAACAGUGGUGUUGCCUAACAUUGUGUUUCAUACUGAUCUCGAUGUUUUUCUUUUUUGUUUUCUUUUGUUUUUGUUUUUUUUUAUUUAUGGGUAGUGUCGAUAUAGUUGUGCAUUACUAUGAAGAAAUUUUAUGUAUGAUUACAUGAUUGUUUGAUUGUACAUUUAAAACAAAAUAUGUAAAGAUUAAAUUUUGUUUUAAAUUAAAAGGACAAAAGGAUUCAAGUUGCA